AUGGCGGAGCAAUUGGUUAUGCGUGGGACGCUCGAGGGCCACAGCGGCUGGGUCACCUCAUUAGCUACCAGCUUGGAGAACCCGAACAUGCUCCUCUCCGGCAGCCGUGACAAAACCCUCAUCAUCUGGAACCUCACUCGGGACGAUGCGCACUACGGCUACCCAAAGCGAAGCUUACACGGCCACUCCCACAUCGUCUCUGACUGCGUCAUCUCCUCCGACGGUGCCUACGCUCUCUCUGCCUCCUGGGACAAGACUCUCCGCCUAUGGGAGCUCGCUACCGGUGUGACGACCCGCCGCUUCGUCGGCCACACCAACGAUGUCCUCUCCGUCUCCUUCUCCGCCGACAACCGUCAAAUCGUCUCUGGCUCUCGCGAUCGCACGAUCAAGCUGUGGAACACGCUGGGCGAUUGCAAAUUUACCAUCACCGACAAGGGUCAUACCGAGUGGGUCUCGUGCGUGAGGUUCAGCCCGAAUCCUCAGAACCCGGUCAUUGUGAGCGCGGGAUGGGACAAGCUUGUCAAGGUCUGGGAACUCGCCUCGUGCCGCAUCCAAACCGACCACAUCGGCCACACCGGUUACAUCAACACCGUGACCAUCUCACCCGACGGCUCUCUCUGCGCCUCUGGUGGCAAAGACGGUACAACUAUGCUUUGGGACCUCAACGAGUCCAAGCACCUCUACUCCCUGACCGCCGGCGACGAGAUCCACGCCCUGGUGUUCUCCCCCAACCGAUACUGGCUGUGCGCUGCUACGUCGAGCUCCAUCAUCAUCUUCGAUCUCGAGAAGAAGAGCAAGGUUGAUGAGUUGAAGCCCGACUAUACGGCUGUGGGCAAGAAGAGCAGGGAGCCGGAGUGUGUAAGUCUGGCGUGGAGCGCGGACGGGCAGACAUUGUUUGCGGGGUACACGGAUAACUUGAUCAGGGCUUGGGGUGUCAUGUCGAGGCAAUAG